ACUCGCCAUGGCUACAGUAAUCUCAAUGUUGUUGCUUUCCGUUGCGGCAAGAUGAUCUGAUAUCAAUGUUCUCGGUCUUCUAGGCACAAUGGACGGCAAUGCGGAGUUGUCUACUUGCACAUCUGAGGUUUACAGGGGAGUGUGAAAAUGAUUGUGGACUGUCAGGCAUCGUGACCACCAUCUCAUUUACUCUCUCCUACCUUCCUUGGUACAUAUAUACGAUAAGCUACACCCAUCUCCAUACCCUGCUUCAUGAUUCCUGGAUUCUCCCUGUGUAAUUCAUAAGCACUGACGAGACGUUCAACGACAUGACGAUUACUGUGCCCGCCAACUUCCCAAUAAUGAGCUUCGAGCAUUCGAGGAUUGUAGCUUAUGGACAUGUUGCUGCAGCCACACUCCUGGUCUGGGACUACCUGCUCACUGUGGACUCAGAAGUGACACUGAUGUGGCCGUCACCCUGGAGUAUCAUGAAAGUCCUGUUCUUCUGGACAAGAUACCUCCCUGUCCUGGAUAUUUCACUGGUUUUAUUUCAUCAGCUCAACCCUACCAUAUCUAUAAGCACGUGUCAAGUAACUUCCAAGACUGCUAGUUGGUUCCUCCUUAUCGGCAUCAUAGUAUCGGAAAUGAUACUCGUUAUUCGGACGUGGGCAAUUUGGGGACGUAGUAAAGCCAUUGGUAUCACCUUGACUGUGUGCGCCGUGCUUGCAUGUGGAUCUGUGCUCUAUGUGGAGAAAAGCUUCCUCGAUUCUCUUCGCUUCUUUACCUACCCAUCUCGGGCUACUGCAGGGUGCCUUAUUACCACUCAAAAUUCCAUUGUUGCAGUUAGCUUCAUAGUUGUGAUCAUCUUCGAGACGUCGUUAUUCAUAUCCCCGUCACGCAGUUCUUCUUAUUUUAACAUCAAUCAAAGGAAUUCAACAUUGUUAGCUAACAACAGAGGGCUUACCUCGGUUUUAUAUCGUGAUGGAAUUUUAUUCUACGUGUAUCUCUUCUGCACUUCAAUGGCAAAUUUCAUCGUGAUUCUUGCAGUACCACGCGAUCUCGCGAAUAUCCUGGUGAACAUCCAGCGAGUGCUACAUUCGUGCUUGAGUGCCCGAGUAGUGCUGAACCUACGAGAAGCAAGUCAACAGGAAUCGUCCACAUCCUUCAUCAGUUCCACUUCCGUUCGCUUCCGCACUAUUACCAGCACAGUGGCGUCAGAGAGGCAUCCCGGACAACAAGAAGGCAACACGGGAGAUGAGGGAAUUAUGGACCAUCCUGCUGUAUCAUCAUCGGGGAGCCAGCUGGAAACAUAACUUCGGGGACCCGCCGCAUCAUGGUGUUUGAAUUCAUUUUCGAACGAACUCAAAGUUUUGCAGGAACUAGGUGAUUCAACCAUCAGGAAACAGACAUAUGCUUUCUCUUUCUCUUUUUCCGAAAUGCAAUCAAUGCACUGGAGGGGCAAGCUAAUGCCUUUGCUUUUCCAAAGAGAAUUAGAAACAGUCUCGCGUGCCUCUCGAUACAGUUCCCCUUCCUCGAUCCGCCAUUUCUUUCCAGCGAUUUCUGUCCUCCAGAUUGACGUUCACCUUCCUGAACGUGAUUACGGCAACCUCUUCUCCUUGAAAGCAUAAUAAAAGGUUCUUUGAGCUCCUUUGAGAAUAGUCUAGACUACAUGCGGAGUCAAAACAAUGUAUUAGUAUGAACACUAGAUGAUCCUUUUAUGGGGCCC